UCUAAGUCUACGUGUUCGCUUCGUUUUAUAUAUUAAAUCUUAAGCCAUGGAUAUUCAGCGUUUUAUCAGUCGUCUUCAAGUUAAUCUUACAAAGCUUCCCUAUGCUGAGAUACCUGAGCUUGCAAAAAUACGUGCGAAUGCCAGAUAUGCAAGAAAGCUUAUAUUGCGUGCAGAGGAUUCUGGGCAGAAUAUGAGACUAGAAAGACAGGAAAUUGAGGAUAUUAUUGAAAAAAUUGAGGAAAAACAGAAAGAAAAAGAGGAUAAAUUAGAAAUAGAUGAAGUACAAGAGGAACCAGUAGAGAAUAAUGAAUUAGAAGCGACAGAAGAGAUUUUAUUACAACAUCGAGAAAUGGCAGACGCAAUGACAGAAGAAAUGUUACGUUUGGCACGAGAAAUGAAAGUAAAUGCAAGGGCUAUGGGAGAAAUAGCGGAGAGAGACCAAUCACUUAUUUUAUCGACAGGGAAUUUAUUAGGAAAAAAUUUAAAUAUAAUACAAAUAGCUAACAAACGACUUGAGAAAUAUCGUAGAGUUCGUUCAGGAACAUUUUGGCUUAGUGUUUUGAGUAUUAUAAUUGUUUUUAUAUCGUUUUUUAUAGUAUUUUUUUUGGUUCGUAUAACGUGAUUUCGAAAAAAAUGAGAAUGGAUAACAAGGGACUCAACUAC